AUGGCUGAGCCCCGCCAGGAGUUCGAUGUGAUGGAAGAUCAUGCUGAGGCGUACGGGCUGGGGGACAGGAAAGACCAGGGUGACUAUACCCUGCUGCAAGACCAGGAGGGUGACGCGGACCAUGGCCUAAAAGAGUCUUCUCCACAGACCCCUGCUGAUGACGGAUCUGAGGAACCUGGCUCUGAAACCUCUGAUGCUAAGAGCACUCCGACGGCCGAAGACGCGACAGCGCCCUUAGUGGAUGAGAGAGUCCCUGGCGAGCAGGCUGCCGCCCAGCCCCACCCGGAGAUCCCAGAAGGAACCACAGCUGAAGAAGCAGGCAUUGGAGACACCCCCAGCCUGGAAGACCAAGCUGCUGGACACGUGACCCAAGAACCUGAGAGUGUCAAAGUUCCCCAGGAAGGUGUCCUUGGGGAGCCAGGACGCCAUGGAUUUGAGGCCUCGGGCACAGGGAUGCCAGGCUUGAGCCAUCCACAGGUGUCCACCAUGCCCAAGGCUCCCCCACUGCCUGAGGGUCCCAGAGAGGCCACACACCAGCCUUCAGGGACACAAUCUAAGGACACAGAGGGGAGCCAGCAGCACCUGCAUCAGGAGGGGUCGUUUCUGAAGGGGCCCGGAGGCAAAGAGAGGAUGGGGGGUGAGGAGGAGGAUGAAGACCGCGAUGUGGACGAGUCCUCGCCCCAGGCCUCCCCUCCCUCUCAGGCCUCCCCCACCCAAGGCAGGCCGCCCUUCCACACAGUCUCCAGAGAAGCCGCUGGUGUCCCAGGGUUCCCAGCUGAGGGUGCCAUCUCCCUCCCCAUCGACUUCCUCUCCAAAGUUUCUGCAGAGACCCCCACCUCAGAGCUCGACAGGCCCCUUGUAGGGCCGUCAGAGGAAGGGCACGACGUACCCCCCGAGUUCACGUUCCACGUGGAAAUCAAACCCAACGUGCAGAAGGAACAGGCGCGCUCAGAGUUGGACUCGGAAAGGGCCACGCUUCCAGGGGCCCCUCGAGAGGAGCCCCAGGCCCAGGGCCCCUCUCUGGGAGAGGAUACAAAAGAGGCUGGCCUUCCAGAACCAUCUGAAAAGCGUCCUGCAGCUGGCCUGCGGGGAAAGCCGGUCAGCCGUGUCCCCCAGCUCAAAGCUCGCAUGGUCAGCAAAGGCAAAGAUGGGACUGGAAACGAUGACAGAAAAACCAAGACAUCCACACCUUCCUGUGCUAAAACCCUGAAAAAUAGGCCUUGCCUUAGCCCCAAACGCCCCACUCCUGGUAGCUCAGACCCUCUGAUCCAACCCUCCAGCCCUGCCGUGUGCCCAGAGCCACCUUCCUCUCCUAAACACGUCUCUUCUGUCACUCCCCGAACUGGCAGUUCUGGAGCAAAGGAGAUGAAACUCAAGGGUGCUGAUGGUAAAACGAAGAUCGCCACACCCCGGGGAACGGCCCCUCCUGGUCAGAAAGGGGCCAACGCCACCAGGAUUCCAGCAAAAACCCCGCCUGCCCCUAAGACACCACCCAGCUCUGCUACCAAGCAAGUGCAGAGAAAGCCACCCCCCGCAGGGGCAAAGUCUGAGAAAGGUGAACCUGCCAAAUCUGGGGAUCGUAGCGGCUACAGCAGCCCCGGCUCCCCAGGCACCCCUGGUAGCCGCUCACGCACCCCGUCCCUGCCGACACCUCCAACCCGAGAGCCCAAGAAGGUGGCAGUGGUCCGCACUCCACCCAAGUCACCAUCUUCCGCCAAGAGCCGCCUACAGACGGCCCCCGUGCCCAUGCCAGAUCUGAAGAACGUCAAAUCCAAAAUUGGCUCCACCGAGAACCUGAAGCACCAGCCAGGAGGCGGGAAGGUGCAGAUAAUUAAUAAGAAGCUGGAUCUUAGCAACGUCCAGUCCAAGUGUGGCUCAAAGGAUAAUAUCAAACACGUCCCAGGAGGCGGCAGUGUGCAAAUAGUCUACAAACCAGUUGACCUGAGCAAGGUGACUUCCAAGUGUGGCUCAUUAGGCAACAUUCACCAUAAACCAGGAGGUGGCCAAGUGGAAGUAAAAUCUGAGAAGCUGGACUUCAAGGAUAGAGUCCAGUCGAAGAUCGGGUCCCUGGAUAAUAUCACCCACGUCCCUGGCGGAGGGAAUAAAAAGAUCGAAACCCACAAGCUGACCUUCCGUGAAAACGCCAAAGCCAAGACAGACCACGGGGCGGAAAUUGUGUACAAGUCACCCGUGGUGUCUGGGGACACAUCUCCACGGCACCUCAGCAACGUCUCCUCCACUGGCAGCAUCAACAUGGUAGACUCACCCCAGCUCGCCACGCUAGCCGAUGAAGUGUCCGCCUCCCUGGCCAAGCAGGGUUUGUGAUCAGGCCCCCGGGGCGGUCAAUAAUCGUGGAGAGAAGAGAGUGAGAGUGUGUGGAAAAAAAAAGAAUAAUGAUCUGGCCCCUCGCCCUCUGCCCCCCAGCUGCUCCUCACAGAUCGGUUAAUCGGUUAAUCACCUAACCUGCUUUUGUCGCUCGGCUUUGGCUCGGGACUUCAAAAUCAGUGAUGGGAAUAAGAGCAAAUUUCAUCUUUCCAAAUUGAUGGGUGGGCUAAUAAUAAAAUAUUUUUAAAAAA